UCCUGUACGUGUAUCCAAUAGAAAGGCAAAAUGGCUUUGGAGGUACAAGUCAUAGAGUCGUCGUUUGUAGCGCCGAGCGAGGCAAUGCCGCAGAAGGGCCUACGGAUCUCCUCCCUCGACGCCAGUCUGGCCGACAGAGGCCACAUUCCAACAAUCUACUUCUACCGCUCCGCUGUUGCCGCCACUGUCAACUUGUUCGACGUGAGCGUCAGACUCAAGGAGUCCUUGGCCAAGGCCCUGGUGGCUUUCUACCCCUUCGCCGGCCGCCUUGACGUCGACGACGAUGGCAGAACACAGAUCAACUGCAACAGCGAGGGCGCGCUCUUUGUUGUCGCUCGCUCUGAGCUUGCCGCUGAUGACGUCAUCGACUCGAUGCCAUCGACGGAGCUGAGGAGGCGGUUUGUUCCUCACAUUGAGCCUCCGUCUACUAUACUGGCCAUACAGGUGACGUUUCUGAAGUGCGGUGGGAUAGUGAUGGGGACGGCCCUCCACCAUGUCUCCAUGGAUGCCCUUGGAGCCUUCCACUUCUUCCAGACGUGGUCGGCCAUCUCCAGAGACGGCGACGGUGCUGCCGUGGAGCUCCCCUGCCACGACCGGGCGCUGCUGAGCGCCAGGUCCCCGCCCGUUGUCCACCCCGACGCACUCUCCGUGUUCUGCCCCACCAACAGCUUCACGGCGCCGCGGGGACCCAUAGUCAGCAAGGCCUUCCCCAUCUCCGAGGACCAGGUCGCCGCCCUGAAGCACAUCUGCGGCGGCGCAAGCACGUUCUGCGCCGUGAGCGCCCUCGUGUGGCAGAGCGCCUGCGUCGCGCGGCGGCUGCCCCCGGACGCCGAGGCGCGCCUGUCAUUCUCCACAAACAUCCGCCGGGUACUGAGGCCGCCCGUCCCGGACCGCUACUUGGGCAACGCGAUCAUCUCCGUGUACGCCGCCGGCGCGGCGCGGGACAUCGCCUCGGAGGCGCUGGGAUCCGUCGCCGGCCGCAUCAAGGGCGCCAUCAGCCGGGUGGAUGACGAGGUGGUGCGGUCCGCGAUCGACUACUACGAGGUGACCGAGCCUGACAACCGGCCACGGAGGGGCUUGUGCCUGGUGGAGACGGAGCUGCGGGUUGUGAGCUGGCUCGGCAUGCCAGUGCACGAUGCGGAUUUCGGAUGGGGCAUGCCAUUGAGGAUGACAUUGGCAGAGCCAGCCCCCGGAGGUUACGUACACCUGAUGAGCAACGGGCCGGCAGCAGAUCAAAGCGGGAUCAAGGUCAUGGCGAGCCUGGAGACUGCGGUUAUGGAGGAGUUUGAGCGACUGCUUUAUGCGAAGCUCUAGGCAGCUCUGUGUGUUUGUGUGAAUGCAGAUCGUCGACCAAAAGCGGUUUGGGCAUUUGUAUUUCGUUGUGAGACAUGUCGACGGGCGCCGAUGUUUUCUACUA